AUGAUGGACUUUAUUAUAAAGUUUGCACAGGCCCACGAAAGUUUUCGCAUCCCCGAAAUCGAAGCGUUGGCGAUUGUCGAGAACGUGCACCUAAAAAUCAUACACUAUGACGAGGCAUCACCUCUGUGUAUUGUGAAGCUUCCAUGCGUGGACGCCGCAAAGAGACUCGUGCGUCGCUCUAUCAUGGCACAGUCGAUCCACGAGCUGUGGGGUUCAGGCAAAGACCUGGAAGAGCUUAACAAAUCUGUCGAAACGACGAGUAGCCCAGCGUGGCCAAAGUAUAAGACAUCAUCAUUCAAGUUUGUUUUUGAUUCAUACCAAGGAUCGCGAUCCAAACCCAGUCGGCUAUCUGUGAUCAACAACUUCCGAUUCCUACCAUUCGAAGGGCCCAUCAUCAUGAAGAACCCUGAUGAGGUUUUUACCAUUCUCGAAAUAUGGCCGUGGAACAGUGUUCCCAUGGGAAUCGAGAACCCCGACUACUACCACCUGGGACGCUUUAUUGCUAACUCAGCCCGUGAAGUUGUACUCAAGUUCGAUCUUAAGAAGCGGCAGUAUAUAUCGACCACGAGUAUGGAUUCAGAGCUCGCUCUGAUCACAGCAAAUAUCGCAUUAGCUGCACCUGGAAAGAUCUUCUACGACCCGUUCGUUGGAACAGGCUCGUUCCCGAUUGCAUGUGCCCAUUUUGGUGCAAUGAGCUGGGGCAGUGAUAUAGAUGGACGGAGCAUUCGAGGCGAGGGCAACGAUAAGAGUCUCAAGGGGAAUUUUGGCCAAUACGAUAUCGAGUCGCUGCUAGGUGACGUAUUUGCUGCCGAUAUCACGAACAGCCCGAUUCGCAGACGGAGAAUCUGGGACGGCAUUGUCUGUGAUCCGCCAUAUGGAGUGCGAGAAGGAUUACGAGUACUCGGGCUAAAAGACCCAGAGAAAACCCCAUGGCUCGUUGAACGUGGAAUCAAGCAUGGAAUGGAGUUCGAUUAUGUGCCACCAAAGAAGCCAUACAGCUUUAUGGCAAUCCUGGAUGACAUUCUUGUAUUUGCAGUGGAAACCCUCGUUGACAACGGAAGGCUUUCGUUUUGGAUGCCCACGGCCAAUGAGGAGGACCAGCAGAUCGCAGCCCCAACGCACCCGGGCCUUCAAAUCGUGGCCAACUGCGGUCCCGACGGUUGA